GUGCCCAGCGUCGGCCACAGUGUGUGUACGAUAAGAUAUCAUUGCAGGGCUGAUUCAUUUACCAGUAUUCGAAAUGUUCCAGACGCAGAGGCAAUACAUGCUGGUUUGCAUUGCUGAGCUAUUCGAGGAGUCAAACUUUGCUAAUGCUAGGGCACGGUUCCCAGCGAUAGAAGAUUCCUUUGGGAGGCCUCUGCAAGAGGCAGUUGCGCAGAAUCUGGAAAAGCUUUCGGGCAAUAUGGACAUAAGCCCAGACGAUCACACUAGCCAAGACUUCAUUGACGCCCUAGUCUUCAUACUGGACAUUGCGAAGAAUCGAAAUCCGACAAAAUUGGUACAGCUCACACAACCAUUGUUUGGGAACAACACGUGUUAUAUUGAAAAUCUCCAUGGUAGCCAUGGUAGCGUCCAAAACAAUAUCUUUGUCGAAGGGUCAUUGCACGAUAUAUCCUCGUGGAGGCCGGACGCAUGGUUAAUACCCACAGACGAUGAUCUUUCUAGAAUGGAAAAACUUGUCUGUGAACCAAAAGAACAUGGAACACUGCUCUACGAAUGGUGCCAUGUGACGAAUCCUAUCCGACUGAGCAACAACAAAUAUAACUUCUCUGCAGUAGCGGUAGCGAUUGACUUUCGUAAUCACAUUCCCCAGAAACGCUUAUACAAUCUGCGCAAGCUCAUUCUCUACGAAGACUUCAAGUCCGGGCCCCGAUCUGUAUGACACGCAAGAAGCCUCAUCCCUAUAUGAAAAGCAAACCUGGGCCUUCGGAUUGAGAGACGUGUCGAUCUGUUGACCAGUCUUUUACCUGCAAGCCAUCCUACUGGCAAUCUGGUCGGGAUUGGCAGUAUGGGUGGCCAUAUGAUCAUGGAAGCCGAUGUUCCAUGGUUCACUGAGAUCCUACUAUU